AUGGCGAGUUCGUUUUGGAGUCAUGCGUCCUCCUUGAUUGGUCGCACGAAUAUAUCGAUUCAUUACCAUGUAGACGAGACUCGUUCACCGCUAUACGUGGGGCCAUGGAGGGUGUACACCGCGACGAGGAAGGCGGCAGCCUCGUCCAAUACUAUGGAACAAGCACUCACACGCAACACGGUCUCAGUAUGGAUGUAUACGCCCAUAUCUCGAGGCGUAAUGCGCACGAAAGAAAUUGAGCAUUUGAAGCGAGACGUUACCACUCUUUCACGAUUGCGGCAUCCGUGUAUUCUUGAAGUGGUUGAGCCGCUAGAGGAAUGUCGCUCCAGUUAUUUAUUCGCCACAGAGCAUGUAGUGGCGAGCUCACAUGAACUGUUACAAGAUAGUGUGGAUCCAGCGCACCAACUCGAUGAAGUGGAACUCCAAAAAGGCUUUCUUCAACUGGCUCGGGCCCUCGAUUUUUUACAUGACGCCAAACUUGUUCAUACCAAUCUCACGUCCAUGUCCGUGGUCAUGAAUGCCAAAGGUGAUUGGAAACUGUGUGGUUGUGCCUAUCUCACGUCGCUGGCAGGCGUGCAAUCAGACAGUGGGCGCUGGGCUUAUGAAGAAGAAGAGCAUGCGUUACCAGAGGUAAUGCGCCGAGACAUGGACUUUGCUGAUCCGGUAUACGUAAUAGACCGACGAGUCGGUCCGUACAAUGACAUGUACUCUCUGGGUAUUCUGUUUUACAUGGCGACGCAUCAUAGUGCCAAGCCUUAUCAAACGUAUGGCAGUGCAAGUGCUCUGAGUGCGUAUAUGGAAGACUGGCCUGAGCGAAUGUACUCGUCGACAUGGUCACUGCUGGAAAGAGAUGUCCAAACGAUAUUGACGCGCUUGCUGUCGCGGACUGAAACGCCGCGCUACACGGCCAAGGCCUUUCUGGACCUGCCGUACUUGAACAGCAUGCUUGUGCGUGUGCUCAAGUUCUUAGAGCGUGAGAGUUUUGCGGCUCAUUCGCGGACGGAAAAGGUGCAAUUUUUGCGUGGCAUGUACAAAAUGUUGCCGCAGUUUUCGGUACCAUUGAUGCGCCGCAAACUGUUGCCCAACUUGCUGGAAGCUACCUCAGAUCGAAUGCUGCUGCCGUAUAUUCUGCCCAAUGUAUUUUAUAUUGCCAAAAACUUGUCCCAGAUCGAAUUCACGACAACGGUGCUUGUGCGACUGGAGCCGCACUUUUGCGUGCAUGAGCCAGCACAGUCGCAAAUGUUGCUGCUCAACCAAACAGAUCUACUUCUGAGCAAAACGACACAGAAAGAUUUCCAAACAAGAGUCAUGCCGCUCUUGUACUCUGCCUUUGACAAUGAGCAUGUGGCCGUACAAGAAAAUGCUCUUCAGCGUAUUCCCAAGUUGUGUGGGACGCUUGAUUAUACUCAUGUCAAAGACAUCUUGCUGCCGAAACUCACCUCGCUUUUCUCGAAGACCAAGACGCUGUCGGUCAAGGUCACGAGUUUGAUUUGUUUUCACGCGAUGAUCCCUAUGCUGGACAAGACUAGCAUUACCGAUGUCCUCCUUCCGACGCUCAACCGCAUCAAGACUCGUGAGCCCUCCGUCAUGGUGGGCUCACUUGCCGUAUUUGAAGCCUUGUGCGACAAAGUCGAUCUCGAGACCAAGGCGACGGUGUUUCUUCCUCGUCUAUGGAUCAUGGCCAUGUGUCCCUUGCUCAAUGAGAUGCAAUUUGGCCGUUUCAUGCGUGCCAUCAAAGACAUCGGACAGGGUGUGGAGCAGCAGCAGCUGGAACGUCUGCGUGAGGCCAAGCACCUGCAGCUGCAUACCGAGGAACAGGCAUCGAAAACCAUCGCGCCUGUGCCUCUCAACGCGGCCAUUGCAUCGACAGGUGACAUCGACUUGGAGGCACUGGUGGGUCAUGCGCGGUACGAAACCAGUGUGCAUGCGAUGGAUGACCUCUUUGCCCCGGACAGUGCCCAGCCACGAUCCAAGUCGCCUGUGGUACCUCCGCCGCCGCCGAGUGGCACGCUUGCCCCGCCCCCUGGCUGGAGCGGCGGCUUGCUCGUGCCCGACUCUGGACCUCGUUCGAAGACGCCUCGCGCUGCAUCCAAGGCACAGUGGCACGAUUUUGAUCCACUUUUGUAA